AGUGGUGCCUCGUAGGGAGGCCCCCACCGGUCUCCUUCCCGGGGCGUCGGCCCAGGUCGGCGCAGGUCCGUCACCCAGGAGGCCUCCGGGAAGCCCGCGGGGACUCGGGGCGACGCGCGUAAAGUUACAUCCGACCAGGGAAGCUCCGUUCUGCUGGAAUAGGAUGCCGGACAGAGUGGCACCUCCCCAGGAGCCGGGGCAGGGCAGCCUCCUGUAGCCCCGUGCGUGCCCCCUUUGUCUCUCGGCUUUGGUUGCCUCGUACACGGAUGCUAAGGACGUUUUGCAACGGCUUCCCUGCUCCACACUGCGGUGGGCCCAGCUCUCUGGUCUGGGAGCGCCGGAGCGAGCGUGCGGCUGGGGGUCUGACACUGGCGCCCUGCCCGCUUCCCAGCAGCCUCUGCAGCGUCCCAGGCCGGUGGGGACUGACGGGUGGGGUGGGCUGCCCUGUCCCAGACCCCCUGGCAGGAGCGCUGUCUGCUGUGGCUCCUGGUGCGGCCCCGCAGCCAGCCUGGGACGCGGCCCAGCUGUGACUCGGAAAAGUACUGGCAACUCGAGUCCACAGCUCCCAGGCCAGCUGAGCUCCACAUCUUCAAAAGCUCAUUGUCCCCAAAAUAGGAUUUGCAGGACGAGUCCCCAGGUGAGAGUGCCGGGGGCUGUGGGCGAGCAGAGCGGGCCCAGCCGCCUUUCCCUGGGGCCGUGUGCUGCGCUCAGAACGCCGGCCCACCGGGUUCCCUGUCCUCGCCAGACGAGCCUAGAAGAACACGAAGGUUACUGUCUCAUCGGCUUCCUGCCCGCACCGCUCCGUGUGCAGGUGUGCCACGGUUUAUAAGUACAGUUGAAACGCAGGAUAAAAAGUUCGCCAUGACCGAUGGAGGUUUAGCCUGGACGGAGGGCAGGGACGUUCCCUCAGCUGGCGAGUGGAGCCUGUUUCAUUCCAGGACACGGACGCGAUGUUCGCCCGCGGGCUGAAGAGAAAGUGCGCCGACAGCGAGGACAGCCCCCCGGCCCCGCCCGCCUGCAGCCUGCAGCGCCAGUCGCUCCUGGACAUGUCGCUGGUGAAGCUGCAGCUGUGCCACAUGCUGGCGGAGCCCAACCUCUGCCGCUCGGUGCUCAUCGCCAACACCGUCCGGCAGCUGCAGGAGGAGAUGAGCCAGGACAGCGCGUGGCAGGUGCCGGCGCCCGCGAGCGCGGGGCGGGGGCCGCUGGAGCGCCUCGUCUCCACCGAGAUCCUGUGUCGGACCCCGUGGGAGCAGCAGGGGGGGCACUCUGCUGCUGACUCGGGGGGCAGCCCGGCGCCAGACCUCCUCUCCGAACCGCCAGGGGCCCCGAGUGCGCAGGCGCCGCGGGGCGCUCCCGGCUGCGCGUGGGAGGCGGCCAGCCCGCGGGAGAGCAGGGGCGGCUUCCAGAGGUCGCUGGACCAGAUCUUCGAGACGCUGGACAGCAAGGCCCCCCGCGCGGCGGAAGGGCUGUUUGCGGACGUGGACGGGCCCUACUACGACCUGGACGCGGUGCUGACGGGCAUGGUGGGCGCCAAGUCAGUCCCUGGCGACGGGUUCGAGACCUUGGCCCCCACGGGCGCCCCGCCCCCUGGCGUCAGCUACAAGCGGGACCUGGGCGAGCUGGACCACGUGGUGGAGAUCCUGGUGGAGACCUGAGCCUGUGCCCUCACUGCCCGCCGCCAGCAGCCCCGCAGCGCUGGCCACAGGGACCCGGGGCAGCCCCGGCUGCCUCCUCCUGCCGGCGCUGGGCCUCACCAGCCCGACAGCCCCGAGGGCGUGGCCACCAGCGUCUGCCUUUCCUAGGUGAAUUUUUAAAAAUUGAGUUUUAUAUGUUUGGGGCAACAUUUUGGCUUAAGAUAUAUUUUGUAAACUUUUCAUUAUCUCUAGACUUUCUCAGCUAUUUUCUUAAAAGUAUAUUUUUUCUAUAAA